AUGGGUGACUGGUAUGAAGGUGACUGUUGGAGGCGUUAUCGUCUACGAAUCGAGAUUCUCUCCAGUACGAAACGAGAGCAGAAUGCCAAACAUCUCAAGCGAAAAGUGAUAAUGCAAGAGCUAGAACGACGGUUUUUACGUUCAUUGGCUGGCUCGAUUAGCAAGAAGUAUCGUGAUGUACUUGAAUAUCAACAA